GGGCGGGGAGUCUUUAUUUAAGUCGUUCCCGGAUGGCUGUACAUUUGCAGAGCUAAGAAGCAACUUUCACUGAACAGCGAGGCAGUCGGAACGGUUCUUCAACAUCUAAGAUGGCUAGGACCGUGUACUGCUACUGGAUUCUCCAAUGCACCUGCUGCAUCCUUGUAUACUCACACAUUGUUAUUGAAGAAAGAAAACCCGAAAUUCCACAAAACAAUAACAUUUCGGAUCUUCAUCAAUCCAAGUACACCGGCAUCUCCAUAGUGGAAUUGCCAAGUAACAGGAAAAUGAACUUCAGAAGAGAGAAUGGAAGGAAAGUCCCCAUUCAACAGAAAAGAAACGGGAUUACAAUGAUCCACAAGGUGAAGAAGCUAAGAGCGUACAACGGUCACUGUGUGCAGCUCUGGGGAAUGUGCCUACCACCAUCUCCACCAUGUUGCAAUCCCUGCGCCUUCUGCCAUUGUCGUUUCUUCAACACAGUCUGCUAUUGCCGGAAGCUGAAUUCCAAGUGCAUGGACAGAACAUAAGUGGUUGACUUUGUGUAAUUUACACAAAGAUAUACAAAUGAAAAAUAUAUAAUAUGCAUGCCUUCUCUUUGGUUAUUGUUGAAUUUAAUAUGGGUAAGGGUAACAGUGGAUUCCAAUCGACUAAGAAUUAUCUACAAACCACUAAUAAACUCUUAUAGCCUUUCACCAUA